GUAAUAUUAUAAUGAUGUGUACAUUGCUGUAAUUAAGCAAUACAAAAUGUCAUAUUUUUGUAUACCAGAUUCACAUAACAUUUCUAUUGAAAAUCAAUAAUUAAUAACGCCAAAUUGUUUAUAAAUAUUUAGUUUUAUAGUAAAAUUGAUCACACAUACUUUUUCAGUUUUUUAUAGCCUAAACACUUAAGUUUUUUUAAAGUUGAGUUAUAUUUCUCAUUACAAUGGAUAAAAGGUUAAUGAAUGUAAGCCUUUUAGGCUUGUCAUUUAUGCUCGUCUUCACCGCAUUUCAGACAAUGGGUAAUAUUGAAAAAAUUGUACUGGAAAGUAUACAAAAUGACUAUCCAACAUUCACGGGAGAUGGAUACAUCAGUUUGUCAAUUAUUUAUGUAGUAUUUGCAUUGUCCAGUUGGGUAUCGCCGUCUAUCGUUAGUUGUGUAGGAUCGAGAAAGUCAAUGUUUAUUGGAUCUUGUUGUUACACCUUAUUUUUAAUUUCAUUCCUUUUGCCUUCAACAGAGUUGCUUUAUUUAAUGUCAGCAUUAAUUGGAUUAGGAGCUUCAAUUAUUUGGACAGGACAAGGAACAUAUUUGACUUUGAAUUCAGAUCCAACAACCAUGUCUAGAAAUUCUGGUAUAUUUUGGGCAUUAUUACAAAUGAGCAUGUUUUUAGGAAAUACUUUUGUAUAUUUUGUUCUUCGUGAUAAAUCUCAUUUAGAUGAAUCAACUAGAACACUUUUAUUUACCGUUUUGACUGUAGUUUGUUUUUUGGGAACAUUACUGUUUCUACUUUUACGAUCAUCAGUUAGUUUUGAAGGAGCGGAAAAUGAACAAGGAAUACCUCUGAGCAUAACGAACGAAUUAAAAAAUUCUAUUGCUCUUUUUUUAACUGAAGAUAUGUGCUUAUUAAAUAUGUCAUUCUUCUUUACAGGUUUACAUUUAUCAUUUUUUAGUGGAGUAUAUAGUUCAAGUAUUGGGUUUACAAAACAAAUAGGUCCUAACAGUAAGCAAUUGGUUGGAUUAUCUGGUGUCUUUAUUGGUGCUGGAGAAAUUAUUGGAGGUUUGCUAUUCAGUAUUUUAGGUAAAAAAACUACUACUGCUGAAUUAGGAUCUAAAGGAUUUGGUCAUUCUGCUGUUGUUGCACUUGGAUUUAUUAUAAAUAUAAUAGCUUAUGGAUUAAUUUUCAUUAAUCUACCUGAUGAUGCUCCAUUUAAAGAUACUGACACGAUAUCUUUUAUUCAGCCAAAUCAAUAUAUAGCAAUAUUCUGCAGUUUUCUUUUGGGUUUUGGUGACAGUUGUUUUAACACUCAACUAUAUAAUGUAAUUGGUCAAAAAUAUUCUGAAAAUAGUGCACCAGCUAUAGCGUUGUUUAAUUUUAUGAAGUCCAUUGCAGCUGCUAUAAGUUUUUUCUACAGUAAUCUCUUUGGAAUGUAUGUUCAAUUAACAUUGUUAAUGAUUACUUUAAUUAUGGGUUCAUUGUCUUUCUUCAAAGUAGACAAGUCUCUAGAAAAUCGGUAUAAAGAAUUUUAAUAUUCAAAUGAUUCAACUUUAAUGAACUUGAUCAAGUAAACAUUCUCCUGUACAAUACUACACAAUUGUUUAUAUUAUACAUUUUUUCAAUAAUUUGUAGACAAUAAAAUUACAUAUUUUAA